AUGGACCGCGGCGGCCGCGCCCCCCCCGCGCCCCGCCGCGUCCCCGGGGCUCAGCCGGCCCCGGUCUCCGCCGCUCCCGGGCGCUUGGCGGAGGCGGCGGCGGCGCGGGGAGCGGAGCGGGCGGAGCUGGCGGCGCUCAACGAUCGCUUCGCAGCGUUCCUGGAGCGGGUGCGGGCGCUGGAGCGGCAGAACGGGGCCCUGCGCUCCGCCCUGGGCCGCGCCGCCGCCGCCGCCGCCCCCCGCGCCGCGGGGCUGGUGCAGGGCGAGCUCCGGGGGCUGCGGGAGCGGCUGCAGCGCCUCGGCCGCGACCGCGAUCGCCUCCAGGCCGAGCGCGACGGGCUGGCCGCCGAGCUGCGGGGGCUGCGGCAGCGGCUGGAGGAUGAGAUGCAGAAGCGGGAGGAUGCGGAGAAGAGCCUCGUGCUGUUCCGCAAGGACGUAGAUGACGCCACGCUGUCCCGCCUGGAGCUGGAGCGCAAAAUUGAGCUGCUGAUGGAUGAGAUCGGUUUCCUGAAGAAGCUGCACGAGGAGGAGCUGCGGGACCUGGAGGUGAGCGCGCAGAGCCAGCAGGCAGAGGUGCAGGUGGAGCUCCGCCAGCCGGACCUGACAGCCGCGCUGCGCGACAUCCGCACCCAGUAUGAGAGCAUCGCCGUGAAGAACCUGCAGGAAGCCGAGGAGUGGUACAAGUCAAAGUUCGCCGAUCUCUCAGACGCGGCCAACCGCAACCACGAGGCGCUGCGGCUGGCGAGGCAGGAGAUGAACGAGUCCCGGCGGCAGAUCCAGAGCCUCACCUGCGAGGUGGACGGGCUGAAGGGCAUGAACGAGGCGCUGCAGCGGCAGAUGCGGGAGAUGGAGGACGAGUUUGGGGUGGAGAUCGGAAGCUACCAGGACGUGGUGGGGCGGCUGGAGCAGGAGAUCCAGCACAUGAAGGAGGAGAUGGCGCGGCACCUGCGCGAGUACCAGGACCUGCUCAACAUCAAGAUGGCCCUGGACAUCGAGAUCGCCACGUACCGCAAGCUGCUGGAGGGCGAGGAGAGCCGGGCCACCUUCCCCCCGCACCCCGCUGCCUCCUUCAGCACCAGAAGCUCAGUGCUUGAGCUGGAACCGGUGCCGAGCCCCGUGCGGAGGAUGCUGCUCAUCAAAACCAUCGAGAUGAGGGAUGGGCAGCAGGUGGUAACGGAGUCACACAAGGAGCGAGCGGAGCCCAAGUGAGGGGUGGGCUCCCGGUGCCCCCCCGGUGCUGCCUGCCCGUGCUGCCCCCACCGACGGAGGCCGGGGUGGACCCCCGGGACUCCCCGCUCGUGGCCGGGGAGCG